CGGAGCGAGAGAAGAGAGAGUCUGUUCUCCACAGUAACGCACCUCUUCUCUCCGGCUAUGCACCUGCAACCCUCCCCCUCCCCCUUCUCCUCCCCGGCGGUCGAACAGCGCAGGUAGUGCUCACUGAGCGACGGCGGGAGUGCGCAAAAAGGCGCCGGCAUGCACCUGGAGAAAAACCGCCCCGCCAAGCCGUCGGAGGGCUCAGCCGGAGACGCAGCAGCAGCAGCAUGCGGACUGACGCUCUAACGGCGGGGAUUUAGCAGCAGGAGCACCUGGAGCUGCAGCAUGGGCGUGGGAGAGAGGCGCAGCUGGGGAAGCGAUGUGAUUCAACGGUCAUAGGAAGGGAUGGAGAAAGGCGCGCAGCAGCUGCAGCAGUCCAAAAGCGCGGAGAGUCCCGCAGAGGACAUCUCCAAAAUGAACGACGAGGAGCUGCUGAAGUGGGGCAAAGAGGAGCUGGUACGGCGGCUGCGGAGGGCGGAGGCGGGGAAGAGGAGCGCCAUCGUGGAGCACAGCAAUCUGAUGCGGGAGGUGAACCGGAGACUCCAGCAGCACCUGAACGAGAUCCGGAGUUUAAAGGACGUGAACCAGAAACUGCAGGAGGACAACCAGGAGCUGCGGGACCUGUGCUGCUUCCUGGACGACGACCGGCAGAAGGGGAAGCGGGUGUCGCGGGAGUGGCAGCGCCUCGGCCGCUACAGCGCCGGCCUGAUGAGGAAGGAGAUGUCCAUCUACCUGCAGAAGCUGAAGGAGCUGGAGCAGCGGCAGGUUGAGGUUGUCUGGGAAAACCUGGAGCUCAAGGAGGUGUGCCUCAUGCUGGAGGAGGAGAGGGCUGCGGCCGUGGCCGGAGGCGGAGGGCACGGAGGUCCCGGACGUAGGAGCUCCAUUGACAGUCUGUUUCAGCUGGGUGGGGGGGUCCCAGCGUCUGGCCUGCUGCGGGACGUCGGCGAUGGGAGCAGCACCUCCAGCGCAGGGAGCAACGAUAUCCCAGACAACCCCCACCGAAAACCAUCUCAGCUGGGCUCCAACGCCAGCCCAGGAUCGAGGUGCGUCCCCUCGGAGCACACCCACAAACCGGGAGACAUGUGCAAAUCCACCGGCAGGAGGCACAGCUCCACCCCAGAGUACCACACCUUCCCCCAGUCCUGCCGCCCCCGCGGGGGCUCCCUCACCAACCUGGACCCUCUUGGCCCUCGGGGACGCAGCCAGGAGAAACACAGCAAGUCCCCCACAAGGCUACCGUGCGACUCCCACGCCAAACCCUGCAGGUCUGACCUGUUAGCCCACAAACAGCUAUUGUUGUCGGGACAGGUGUCACCGGGUGGAGGGAAGAGCUCGGCCAAGUCUAGCCCUGAGCUGAGUCAGAGACACCGAUCGGUCAACAUGGCGGGGGUGGGCUGCGGGGGUCCCGAGGCCAAGAUGGCAGCGAUGGGGACGCCCGAGCACCUGAGGAAAGGGCGAGUGAUCUUGGGUAGUCCACAGUCUAUACGGCACCACUACCACUAUCAGCACAGCCCCGGGGCAGAGCACGGCAAGGGGAGGUAUGGCAGUGGCUCCCCCGGCAGGGACGAGGAUCAGAGGAUGACAGCAGGAGAGGAGAUGGCCCCCCACCACCAGAGUCUGUACAACGGUAGGCAGAGGGUAACUUUUAUCUUGUAUUUCAAUUCAUAUCUCAUUCAUGACCCAUAAAGGAGAACGUUAAUAAAAUUACAGAACGUUAUACCAGGAUGUUAUCUGGCUUUGAAAUGAUAGAUUAUUACUAUGACAGUUUAUCAUAGUUAUACUUCUCUAGUUAACACACUAAAUCGACAGAGGCCAAAAACCUAGAGUUCUGCCCUGGCCUAACACCUGAAAGACCUGAAACCGUUCCAUAUCUGCGCCUACUUGACCCAAAUGAACCCCCUGGUACUGCCGGAUUUGAGACUGGAACCCAAUCAGCAAUAGAGGCUAUAUUUAGGGCCCGAGCACCGACAUAGUCGGAGCGGAGGACCUAUUGUUAUUCUAAU